AUGUCAGAUCAAAUUGUAAAUCGUGGACUGUUAAUUAACAAAGGAGGAAUACAACCUGCAAAUUUACCAAUAUGCGAUUUUGAAAUACAGCCUGAAACUAUAGAAGAUGCUCGAGUAAAACUUAUGUUUACAACAAAACAUAUUGAUUCAUUUUUAUUGAAAAACCAUAUUGAUCCUUCUAUAAUAAAUUAUGAAGAUGAUUACUGGAUUUCUGAUAUUGGUUUUGCCGGUGAUGAAAGUUCUUUAACAGAAAAAUUAUCUGUUUAUAUGGGAAUUUUAUUCUUACGAAAAAGGUUGAUUUUUGAUAAUAAAAAAAUCAAACCGUCCGAUGAGCUAAAUAAUGAAAUGAAACUGGCUCUGAAGCAAAACAAUCCCUACCAUGAAGUAGUAGAAGUAUUUAAAGACUAUGGAUAUUUCUUGCCUAAAAAGGUCAUUCUUGGUCAUAAAUUGUACAGUAUGACUAAUUUGAUCGCAAGAGAAGAUUCACCAGAGCAGCACUUCCUUGAAUCAGAAUUGAAAGCUUUUAGUGAUUUUGCAAAACUUGAACGUAACUACAUUUUGAAUCAAUGUUUUGAUACGUCCUUUCUAACAUCAAUUAAUGGUGAGAAUGUUAUGAGAGAUGAACUAAAAGAUUGGGUGUUAUCUUGUUUAAAAAAUGAUAUUAGUUCUUUACAAAUCAUAAGUUGGGAACAAUUAUAUCCAUUAUAUGAAAUAUUCGAUGAACCACUUAAAAAAGAGAUAAAAUUUAUACUUGGAUCUGAUGAACUAACGAAAGAAUUUGGGGUCAAAGAAAGAGUACUUAUUGCAGGAGAAUUUCCAAUCAAGGCCUCUACAGACUAUUAUUGUGUAAACUAUCCUUCUCAUCUGAAUUCCGCAAUUAUAAAAUCUUUGGAAAACUCCACAAACACACGAAACAUUCAUAUACUUGCGUUGAACAGCUGUUCAUCCGUACAUGAUAAAAUUUCAUUGAAGGUUCCUAAAAAUCUGCCGACAAGCUCAAUUAUGUGUACAAAUCUUACAUAUCUUUUAUCAGAUAAAAAGAAAAUCACUGCCAAUAUCCAAAAUUAUUAUAAUAAUAGAGUCAAUAUAUUAAUAAAUGAGGAUUUUGAACAAGAUGUGAAGCAAUCUGGGUAUGACGUUGAAAUCGAGAACGAUGAAUUUAUUCACAUUGAUGAUUAUGAGAGUAAAAUAUCCAGAGAAAACCAAGAAGUUCGAUAUUUGCUCCAAUGGUGUAUUAUUUUUCUUCCAGAAAAUCUUCAAACCAAUAUCAAAUCUGACACAAAUGAUACAAUUAUUUGCUUAAAUACAAUUGGCCAACCUAUUUAUACCACAUUCAAAGAAGAGAAUGAAGCCCAACGACCUGUAAUUCUCAAUAAUAAGAUUUUAUCCACUAAAAGAGUUAGCGGGGUAACUAAUAUUGAAUGGAUCAGGAGGAUGAUAAAAGAUGGUCAUAUUUAUUGUAUUGACCAUGAAGAGUUUGGAAAGUCGACAUAUGUUGGGUUUGGAUGUUCGGGCGUAAUUACAAAAACUCAAUGGAAGAAGAGAAAUAUAACUAUUAUCUUAAAACAAAUUGUACCCAAUGAUAUGUUGUCUGAAUCGGUCAGUGAGGAACUCACUAAGGAGAUUAAAGCUUUUCUUUCCGUCCAAUAUUCCUCGACAAAGUACGCAGAUCUUGGUAAUUUGCAAGAUUACCUGGUACAGAACAAUACUUUGGAGUGGAAACAAAAGAUUAAUAUUUCAAGACAGGUCACUCGUGGCUUAUAUUUUCUACACAAAAAUGAAAUUUUACAUCGUGAUUUACACAUUAGAAACAUAGUUGUUAAAGGUGAUGAGGACUAUGAAUAUGGCAUUAGAAUUCUUAUUGCUGAUUUUGGACUUUCUAAAGUUGUUUCUCGUCAAACAUUUAAUGCAACUUAUGGAAUGGAGUACAAUUACUCGUCCGAUAUAUAUAGCCUUGGUACAAUAAUGUGGGUGAUUUCAAAUAAUGAAUUGUUUACUACGAAAUAUAUAACGAAUAGUUUACGGGAAAGGCCAGUACCUGGAUCCACUCAAUCUUACGUUGAACUUUAUACGAAAUGCCUGGAUGAUAACCCUGAAAAUAGGCCCAACAUUGAAAACGUUUAUAAAUCGAUUCAUGAAGAGGACAUUAUAUCAGGAAAACUUUGGGAAGAGACAGAAUAA